AUGAUAAAAGAGAGUGACAAUUUUAUAACCAUAAGUACAGGUCAAGGAAGAAUCAAAGGAAUCCAUAAAAUAUCCAAUUUAGGACGUUUAUACUUGAGCUUUCAAGGGAUCCCCUAUAUGAAAGCUCCGAUAGGAAAGCUUCGGUACCGCGACCCUGAACCUGCUGGGAAAUGGACAAAUGUUUUUGAUGCCACUAAUGAGCCACCAUCUUAUUGUUUCUAUCACACUGAGACAUCUUUCAAAGGUGGACAGGAAGAUGCUGGCGUUUUAAAUAUUUACAUUCCUAAAACUUCAAGUUCCACUCUUCUGCCCGUUAUGGUUUACAUUUAUGGUGGAGGUUUCCAAAUGGGAUCAAGUAGAACUGAUUUUUAUGGCCCUGAUUAUUUUAUGCAAAAAGAUGUUGUGCUUGUAACAUUUAACUACAGACAAGGGCCGAUUGGAUUUCUCAGCUUAAAAGACACUGCUUUAGGAGUUCCAGGAAAUGCUGGUUUAAAAGAUCAACUUUUGGCAUUAAAAUGGAUUAAAGAAGAAAUUGAAGCUUUCGGUGGAGAUCCAAACAAUGUCACUUUAUUUGGGGAUAGUGCAGGUGGAGCGAUGACACAUUUUCAUAUGAUUUCUUAUCAGUCAGAAAAUCUUUUUCAAAAAGCAAUUAUAAUGUCAGGUUGUGCAUUUAACAAAACAUGGUCACUUGUUUCACAAAAAGAUUUUCCACAAAGACUUGGGAAAAAGUUGGGGUGGGAUGGAAAUGGGGGAGAGAAAAAGCUUUUGGAACUUCUAGAGCAUGCAGAUAUUUACGAAAUCAUGAAGAAUAGUGCAGCAACACAAAUUUUAACUAAUGAAGAAUUCUCAGAAUUUUUAUAUUUUGCGUUUACACCGGUCAUUGAACCGUACAUAACAAAAACAACGUUCAUUGAUAAAGAUCCUAUUUUAAUGGCUCGAGAAGCUUGGUCCAAGAAUAUUGAUUGCAUUAUUGGUGGAACAUCUUUUGAAGGUGCAUUUUCAACAAUAUUCGAAAGAAAAUCAAAAUUUAUAGAGGUUUUUGAGGAUGCCAGUUAUUUCACUCCUUUGAUUGAAUUAGGACUUAAAAUUAUGGACGAAGACACGUUACGAUAUGGGACUCGAAUAAAGAAAAUCUAUUUCGAAUAUGCCCAUUUAACAAACACAAAUUAUGAACUUUUUUGUCAAUACAGCACAGACCGUCUUUUUUGGCAUGGAUUGCAAAAUUGCGUAAAAUCUCGUGUUGCUUCUGAUGGAAAAGGAAAAACAUUUUUGUAUCGUUUUGAUGUUGAUACAAAAUUAAAUGUUUUAAAACAAUACAACAAAUGUGACAACCUAACUGGUGCUAUUCACGGUGAUACAAUAUUCUACUUAUUUUCUUCCAUUUAUUUGGAUCCACCUGAAAUUUCUUCAAAAGAGUACGAAAUGAUAACUAAGAUGAUAUCGCUUUGGACAAACUUUGCAACAACUGGCAACCCAAAUAACCCGAAUAAUCCAAAAGAACAAGAUUGGGUACACAUUUCAAAUGUAAAAUAUCCUUUGAAUUGUUUAAAUAUUUCAGGAAAACAAAUAGAAAUGAUAUCACUACCUGAAAGUGAUCGGUUAAUGAUUUGGGAUACAAUUUAUAAAGAUGCGAAGGUUCAAAUGUUUUAA